AUGAAAGUGAUAGUAAUGAAUCUAAACUUAGAACUGUUAAUUAUGAUUCCAAACUUGGUGGCUUAGAAAUUGGUAAUAUAGAUAAUUUAAAUCAAAAAUCUGUUCAGUUGAAUUCAUUUAUUGAAGAUUUAAUUAUUUGUAUAAUUAAGAAACAUAAUGAAGAAAAUCCCAAAGGACAAAAUGAUAUAGGUUAUUGUUACGUAAAUAGUAUUGGAGUAGAAAAUGAUGAUAAAAAAGCUUUUAAAUGGUAUUUUAAAUCUGCUAAAAAUGAAUAUACUGAAGGUCAAUAUAAUUUGGUUAUUGUUAUCGAUUUGAACCCUCAAAUUGGUAGUAACGUAAGUAAAAGUUAUUCACCAAUACCAACAAUCAUUACUAAAGGAAACUUAAAACCAAAGUUAGAGAAUUCAGUAUUUACCAGUUUAAUAGAAACUGUAUGCGGCAUAAUAGAACUAUUUGCUAGAUUUUUACCACUUAUAACAAAAGUAACUCUAAUGUUUAAAGAAAUAAUAAAAUUUAUCAAACGGCUGAACAUAAUAAAAAAAUAUGUG